AAUAAUUAUUAUAAGUAUUAUAAAAAUAAUUAUGUCAAUUAUUCAAUUUUAAACCGCGUAUAUAGUAAUUAACUAUGUUUUAAUAAUUAUUUUUUAAACAAAUUGUGCCAAGUUUUUUAACUAAUGAAAUAAAAGGAAAAUGGAUGUAAAUGAAUUUUAUUUUGAAUCUGAUUUUUAUUUACUUAAAAAUAACAAGGAUUACCAGAAUUUAUUGAAAUCGCUUGCAAUUCUUGAAGUUCAACGUUCAGUUAUUAUACAAAAUAUUGAAAAUAUUGUCAAGCUCAAAGAUGAUAUAUCCAAUAACCCACUUGGUAUAUUUAAAAAAAUUGUAAAACGGAAAGAUGUGAAAGGAAUAAAUCUGCUCAAGGUAGAAGAGGUACCAUUCAUUAAUUGGUCUAAUUAUUAUACUAAUGAAGAAAAUGAACAAUCAAAACAACAAAUACAUGACAUUAACUUGCGGUAUAAAAAUUUAUCUAGGAAGAUGGAAUCUCAAAAUAAUGUUAUGAAUGAAGUAGAAAAACCUGAGACAUUUAACAAACCUUGGACAGUAGAAGAACAGUUGCGUCUUGAAGAACUUUUAGUUGAGUACCCUCCAGAAAGAAAUGAAAGUAAUCGUUAUAGGAAAAUUGCUGAAGCAUUGGGAACAAGAAAUUUACGACAAGUAUGUAGUAGAGUCCAAAAAUAUAACAUAAAAAUGAAAAAAGUUGGACAAAUUAAAAGCAUUAACUCAAAUUCAAAAAAUUUAAAUAAGAAAACUGUUUUUUUAAGUCAUAAAAAUAUUGGAGCGUUAUUGAAACCAACUACAUUUAUACCAUCAACUACUUUAUCUGAUGAUGUUGAUGUCUAUAAUAUUAAUCAAAAUAAUAUAACUUUACACGAAAAAACAGAAAUUAACAAACAAACUAAGUUAUACAUAUUAAAGCAUAUUUUAAAUGAUAAACAGUCUAAUACAAAAGAUCUUGUUAUUCAUAAAAAUAUUAAAUGCAGUGUGUGCCAAUUAAGUCCAAUUCUAGGAAUUAGGUGGAAUUGUGUUGAUUGUCCAGCUAUUGGAAGGAAAUCUGAUUUCUGUAAUGAUUGUAUUGUAGAUAUUUUAAGAAAUAUUGUCAAAGAAAAUAUCCAUCCAUUGGACCAUACUGUUAUACCUAUAAAACAAAUCAAAGAAGAUGAAGACAAUAUAGAUAGUUUGGUUGAUCCAAGUUAUGUUCCAUUAGUUUUUCAAACGCAAAAUUAUCUCGAUCCAAAUUUUAUGGUACAGAAUUGAUGUCUUUGAAAUGGUUUCUAUCAUUUUGUAUGUGUAAAAUUUAAUUUUUAAUGUAAAAUAAUUAUUAAAUACAUGUUUAUUAUAUAAAUUUUAUAAAACUUUGUUUAAACUAAAAUU